UUUUUUCUUUUUUCAACUUUUUUAAUAUUUAUUUGUUUGAUUUUUUAUAAUAUCAUGGCUCCUCCUAGAGAUAAUAAUGACACAGAUGGUUCUUCCAACAACAAUGAACGUGUACGUGAACCUAUUGUUUCUCCUUAUAUGCCCAAGUAUCCUGAUCCAAUGUCCAAUGUUUCCAAGUUUAAGAUUAUUGAAUCUACUCUUAGAGAGGGAGAACAAUUUGCCAAUGCAUUUUUUGAUACAGCCAAGAAAGUAGAAAUUGCCAAAGCAUUAGAUGAAAUGGGAGUGGAUUAUCUUGAAUUGACAUCACCUGCGGCAUCGGAACAAUCUUACAAUGAUUGUAAAACCAUUUCUGGAUUAGGUUUAAAGGCCAAGAUCUUGACUCAUACACGUUGUCAUAUGGAUGAUGCUCGAUUGGCCAUUGAUACUGGUGUAGAUGGUGUGGAUGUAGUCAUCGGUACAUCAAGUUAUUUACGUGAAUUCUCUCAUGGCAAGGAUAUGGAAUACAUCACUAACAAGGCUACUGAAGUCAUCACUUAUAUCAAAAAUCAAGGUAAAGAAGUUCGUUUCUCUACUGAAGAUUCUUUUCGUUCCGAUCUCGUGGAUUUGCUUUCCAUUUAUAAGGCAGUCGAUAAAUUAGGUGUGGAUCGUGUGGGAAUUGCUGAUACAGUGGGUUGUGCCAAUCCUCGUCAAGUAUAUGAAUUGGUUCGUACUUUACGUAGUGUCGUCAACUGUGAUAUUGAAUGUCAUUUCCAUAAUGAUACUGGUUGUGCUAUUGCUAAUGCUUAUGCUGCUUUGGAAGCUGGUGCUACUCAUAUUGAUACUUCAGUGUUGGGUAUUGGAGAACGUAAUGGGAUUACACCGUUGGGGGGAUUAUUGGCACGUAUGUACACGGCUGACAAGGCAUAUGUGAAGAACAAGUACGAUUUGACCAAGAUUCGGGAUGUGGAGAACAUUGUGGCCGAAGCUGUGGAAGUGACAGUGCCAUUCAACAAUUACAUCACUGGUUAUUGUGCAUUCACUCACAAGGCAGGGAUUCAUGCCAAGGCUAUUCUCAACAAUCCUUCUACUUAUGAAAUCUUAGAUCCUGUUGAUUUUAACCAAUCUCGUUAUGUUUCCAUUGGCCAUCGUUUGACUGGAUGGAAUGCUGUCAAGAAUCGUAUUGAACAACUCAAGUUAGGAUUGACGGAUGAAGAUGCAAAACAAGUUACUCAAAAAAUCAAGGAAUUGGCCGAUAUCCGUCCUCUUAGUUUGGAAAAUGUCGAUGUGCUACUUCGUCAAUAUCAUUCUGCAAAGGAAACAUCAAGUCAUUUGGAAGUGUUAGAAACUGUUAUCAAUCCUGAUCAGUUAGCUUAGAACAUCCCCUACGUUUUUUAUUAU